AUGUUAAAAAAAGAAAAUUACGAUAUUAAUAAAGAUCAUUCGGAUGAAGAUAAAACUCAUGAAUUAUCAAAGAAUUCAAAAUUAGAGGAACAAAUGAGAAAAAGUAAGUUAUUCAUGUUGUUUCAUGAAUUAUUGUUUCAAUCUCAAUUGGAGUUUAAAUAUGAAGUCAAUUCAAUAACAAAAAAAGAUUUUGAAAAUAGUAUAGCUUCUACUAAAGGAUUACAGAAACCUGAAGUUAUAAUAAUGGAAAGAGAAAAAAAUGGAUCAGUUAAAGUUACAAAAACAUCAUGGGAAAGAAAUAGAUUAACAAAUUCUUCAAAUAAAUGCUCAGGACUUUAUGAUCCCAAAUAUAAAAGAUUUGUUCCAGAUAUUGAUUUAAAUUUUGUUCAUAACAAUUACUCAAAUAGAUCUGCUAAUGAUGAAUUAAAAGAACUUUUGAAUAAAGCGAAAUUUAAUAAAUCAAGUGAUGGAUUGGAAGGUAUUUCUGGGUAUAAGCGGUCUUCUUUAAGAUGUGCAAUAUUAGAAAAUUUACAGGAAAAUCUUGAAGAACCUGAUGUUCGUGAAAAAAUUGGUAAUUUAAGACUAUAUUUGAGAUAUGAAAAUAUAUUAUUACCUAGAAAAAGAAAAAUAAGUGAAGAAGAUGUUGAUAAGAUAACUAAAAUUCCAUAUUUAAUGAAGAAAAUUGAUGAUUGUGAUACUUUACUUUAUUUACUUGGGAUUUUAAAACCACCUUUUAAAGAAUUUUCAUUUAAAUUAACACAAAUUUCAAAAUCUGCAAAUUUAGAAGAUAUUCCGAAUAAUUUUAUUCAUAAAUUACCAGAUAAAUUUGAUUUAUUCAUAUUAGAAAUUAAAUAUAAUAAUGAGUCUGCAGACGAUAAUUUUAAUGAAUUACCAGAAACCAUCUUUCAAGAACCCUACAAGAUUAGGUUAAGAAAGGAUCAAACAAUGCUUCUAAGAAAUUCAUUGCGAUUGUCUUCAAGGACUUCUUUAAGAAGGGUUAUAUCCCCUUUGAAAACUCUUAAUUUUUCAAAUUAUUCAAAUUCUUUAUCAAUUAAUACCCAACUUUCAAGAUCAGUUUCAAGUAAAAGAACUUGGAUAUAUAACUAUCCUGAUUUGGUUAAUGGGCUUGCAGAGACAAAUGAUAAAGACAUUUUAAAUACUUUGAUGUGGGAUAAUUUAAUCAAAAGAAUUCAAAAAAAAAAUGUAUGUUAUAGAAUUCAAAUAUUCUGUUUCUCUAGGCUUAUAAUACUAAUAAUUAUAAAGGUUCAAUCUGAAGUGAAAAUAUUCAAAGAAAUGUUAAGAAAAGAAGGUUAUGAUAUUACUAGAGGUGAAUUAAGUGAUGAUGAGAUCAAUAAAAUAGCAAGUGAUUCCAAAUUAAUGGAACAAUAUGAAACAACAAAGUUUACAUUUGAAUAUCAUUUGAAUUCAAUAACAAAAGAAGAUUUUGAAAAUACAGAUAAAUCAUCAGAUUUAUUACGCAAAAUUAAAGUUAUAACAUUGAAAAGGAGACCAAAUGGAUCAAUGACAGUUAAAAAAUUGCCAAUUUUAAAACAUGGAUUAUGGAAUAUUUUAAUAAGACAUGAAUUACCAAAAUUUUUACAAAAAAUUUCAGGUUUUAAUUUAAUUACUAGAAAUUUUCCACUAAUUAAAGGGAAGUUUAUUUAUACAAAAUCAAGUGCAGCUGAUGAUGAAGUAAAAGAACUUUUAAAUAAAUUGGAUUCUAAUAAAUUACAGAAUGGAUUAAAAGAUAUUGAAGAUGAUGAACUUUUGAAAGCUGCAAUGUUAACAAAUUUACAUAAUAUUCUUCAAAAACCUAAUGUUCGUGAAGAAAUUGAUGAUUUAAGAAAAGCAUUGCAAAAAGAAGGUAAAUUUAAUCUUAAAAAAAGUAGAUUAAGUUAUGGUGAUGUUGGAAAGAUAAAUAGCAAUUCGACUUUAAAGAAAAAAUUUGAUGAUUGUGAGUAUAAAUUAUCUUGUACUAAAAUUCCAAUUAUACUAAUGUUUCAUUUUAUUAGGUAUGAGAGAAGUUAA